UUGAAGAAUCAUCCUUCAUAUCUUCGUCAGGGAAACGUUGAGAUCCAGAUUUUACAGACACUUAGCCAGCAGGAUACAGAGUCUCAUAACAUUGUGCGAGCAAUUGAGUGCUUUCAACAUAAAAACCACAUGUGCCUAGUUUUUGAGCUGCUGGAGCAAAACCUUUAUGAGUAUCUCAAAUCAAACAAAUUCCGGCCCUUAGCUCUCCGCGAAAUCCGUCCAAUUGCUCAACAAGUCUUAACUGCACUUUCUAAGCUCAGAACUCUUGGACUCAUUCACGCAGACUUAAAGCCAGAAAAUAUCAUGCUUGUAUCUCCUGCUGGUAGGAAUACGCGCUAUAGAGUCAAGGUAAUUGACUUCGGAUCUGCUUGCCAUAGCUCCAAAGCUGUGCAAAAUACCUAUCUUCAGUCUCGUUAUUAUCGAGCUCCUGAGAUUCUUCUUGGAGUUCCCUUCAAUGAAGCAAUAGAUAUGUGGUCUUUAGGAUGUGUGAUGGCUGAGUUGUUUCUCGGAUGGCCCUUAUAUCCUGGUUCUUCUGAGUAUGAUCAAGUGAGCAGAUCGUCCUUUAUAAUUAUUAUCAGUAUCCCUUAUCCCAAUUUGAAUAUACGAUAUAUAGUUGAGACCCAAGGACUUCCUCCUCGUGAUCUCAUUAAGCAUGCUGGGAAGGGUAGCAGAUUUUUUGUAUGCGAUUCGUAUACCUAUGAUUGGAGGUUGAAAACCCAAGAUGAAUAUCUUCUUGAAACUGGCCAACAGCCAAAAGAAGCGCGUAAAUAUAUAUUUGCAUCUCUGGAUCAGAUCCGCGAGGUUUCUGGCCUUCCUGACAUUCAAGAUCCAGAUUAUGAUCUCGAAAUUGAGGAUAGACGUCAUUUUGCUCAUUUGCUAACGCUCAUGCUCAGGUUACGCUCCGCCGAAAGAAUUGUUCCAGACGCUGCCCUCGCUCAUCCUUUUAUCACUAUGAUCUACUUGCAUGCCCAUCCUUAUCGCAACCGCACAAAAGAAUCGAUAGCGCUUAUGCAAGUUUGCUAUGAAUCUGCAAGAAGACAAUCACAACUGACCCUAGAUGUCUCCGGUAACGCUUUUAAUCGUCAUAGCCUUCCUCCUGGUAUUAGUUUGGCUUAUCAGCAACCGGCGACACAGCAGCAUCUUUCUCAGUUUGGAGUGACUUCUAACACUCUAUCCCAAAACAUUCAUCAUGGUGCAGUCACCACUGCGGCUAUACUUCCACAGCAAGUUGUUCCUAUUGCUGUAACGCAAACUAUUGCCCAUCCGGAAACUUCUGCAUUGAAUGCUCAUCAAACACAUGUGCCAACUAACUGUCAUUUGACGCCACAGCAUCACCAGGCUGCAGCUUACUAUGCUGCUGCUGCAGCUGCCGCUGCUACAGCUUCGGUAAUACCUCCAACCCAGCCAUCUAUUGCAUCUUCAUUAGCCCCCAUUCAUCAGCCCGUAAAAAGCGGUGAUCUUAUUCGACAGCACAUCCACCCAAGCCAACAUCUUUCCGUUGUCUCGUCUGCAGCAACUCCUGCUCCCAGCUAUACUCCACGAUAUCAACUUCAGCCUGCUUCUAUUCCUGGAAAUUCAUCCAAUCAGCCGGCCCAGACUCAUUUUCAACAUUCCAUGUAUGCACCUCAUCAUACAAGCGUUGAUGCUGCUAGAGCUGCUGCAGCUGCCGCGGCAUUAUUGGCCACACAACAACAGCAGCGACAAUGCCAGCACUCGGGCGCUAUCGAGGUUCAACAAGUCUUUCAUAAACCAAUCACAUCUACUCCAUCUCUCGUUCCUCAGCUUGAAGCCGCUGUGGCGGCUGCGGCCUAUCAUCAGGAUCAACAGCAUCGUCAGGCUUCAACUCAUUUGCAUUCAUCCAUUGCUUCACACACUACCUCGACUAACCCUGCCAUGCCUCGUGCCUCUCUUUCAUUUUACGACUUAGUAGACGCCAGUGGAUAUGCUCUUACUUUGCUCAAUGCAGCAGCAAUCGCCUCAACUUCGCCCACUGCAGUUUUGAAUACCACUGUGUCUGUGGCUAAUAGUGGUGGUUUUGUCCCUGCCGCCGCGUCCCUAGCGCCUGUCGCACACCAGCAACACUAUGCUAGACACCCUCCUCGCCAAAGCAUUGAUCCUUCCCCCUCUAGCUUGAUUAGUGGCCAUCAUGGUGGCUCGCAUCAUUCGCUUGCCGCUCCUUCCGUUUCAUCCAAUUCACAUUCAAACCCCCAACAACAUCAGCAAGCAGCUGCCGCUGCUGCAGCAGCCGCAGUCUUUUAUCAACAACAGCACUUAAACAAUCAACGCAUUCUAGAAUCAACCUUUACUCCUCCAUCGGCUUGUCAAAAUGUCGUGUCAAACGCUACUAUAAAUCAGGCUGGACAGGAUCCAGCUGUCUCUGCAGCUGCAGCCCUCAUGGUUACUUCCUAUUUAGGUCAUACACAACAGCAUCAGCAGGCGCGUUGUAAUCAGCAUCAGCGCCAUUCCGCAGCACUGACUGCAGCAGCUGCAGUCCAACUUCAGCAGUCUUACCAGGACCAACAUCACUUGCAGCCUGUUCUGGUAAGUGCCAUUAAAUACUCGAACAAGAAUAUGAUUUUUAUCUAG